UUAACAGCCAGCAUUCUUCAUAACAGCCUCUGUAAAUUGAGUGUGGCAACGACGUACAUGCGUCGGUGUGAAACCCUCUCUGCUCAGCGUCGGUGUUGGAGAGCGCAUCAGUCAUACCGCAUGGUGUAGGUGGAUGACAGCAAACGGAUAAAUGCGAUCUAUAUCGGGAAAGACCCGUCUGUCCGCGGCAGAAACCUGAACAGGUGGCUCCCUCAGAGCCUUGGCAGUAACGCGCCAAGGCGCAGAGACCCUCGACAGCUUGUCUCGCUAAUCGCUUCUCGGACGAAAGCGCAUUUACCCUCGUGCGCGUAAAACCAGGAGUCCUGCAGGUUUGGGUCAGUGGAUGUGAUCAGUCAUCAGGAUUGUACUCAUCAGUGUUGAUUCAGUCCUCUCCGUGAAGUUUUGGAUAGUACGUCUUGUUUUUGAGCCUGGACUGACAGAUUUAGAUAUACUAUGACUCUUUCUUGGAUUUUAUUAUCUCUCCUCUGAGUUUGGAUUGCCAAGUAGUUGUAAAGGCUGACACUGAGAACACAACAUGUUGCCAGAAAUAAACAACAAGUCAUCUCGACCGGAGGCUUUCCCUCACCCUCACAGACUCCCAGCAGAGGGAAACCGUCUUGGAACAAACCGACCUUGCUCACAGAAGUUUGGUUCUGGUGUAGGGACCCUGCCUCAGCUUGAGCCACCCGUGGUCCAAGUGGUGGUCAGCAAUGCCAAAAACCAAAACCAGCAGUCGGACAGCAUCCUGCCCCAAAUUGCCAACAAGGGGGGCCAAAACAACUAUCAGUCACACCCGGAUGAGAGGCAGAAGCCCGCUCAGCAGUUCAGCAUGCGCUUUGGUGCAGCAAUGGAUAAAAUGUCCGUCUCCCGCAACAGCAAGAUUUUCAGCAACAAGCUGGAGAAAGAGAAGGCAUUCGAGGGACAAAGGCUACCCAUGUCCCCCAUGGAGGCACUGAAGAACUUCAAGGACCGGAUGACAGAGUUUGAGCAGGAGGAAAUCAUGGACUAUGCAGAGAUCUGGUUCCUUGGUGCCGGCUCUCAGAAGAUCGAGGGUUCCCAAGGAACACAGCAGAACAGUGGAUAUGAUGACGAGCAUGGAAGCUACGUCAGGGUGCUGCAUGACCAUAUUGGCUACAGGUUUGAAGUGCUCGAAGUGAUCGGGAAAGGCUCCUUUGGGCAGGUCCUCAAAUGUCUCGACCACAAGAACAAUGAGCUCGUAGCCAUCAAGAUGAUACGCAAUAAGAAAAGGUUUCAUCACCAAGCCCUGGUUGAGCUGAAGAUCCUGGAUGUGAUAAAGAGGAAAGACAAAGACAACAUGCACAACGUCAUCCACAUGAAGGAGUACUUUUACUUCCGAAAUCACCUCUGCAUCUCCUUUGAGCUUCUCGGGGUGAACUUGUAUGAGCUGAUAAAAAAAAACAACUUCCAGGGCUUCAGUAUCGCUCUGAUCCGCCGCUUCACCCAUGCUCUCCUGCGGUGCCUUCAGAUGCUACACAGGGAGAAGAUAAUCCACUGCGACCUCAAACCGGAGAACAUCCUCCUGUCUCAGAGAGGGCCAGGGAACAUCAAGGUGGUGGACUUUGGAUCAAGCUGUUACGAACAACAAAGAGUGUACACAUACAUCCAGAGUCGCUUCUACCGCUCUCCAGAGGUCAUCCUGGGUCACCCCUACAGCAUGGCCAUUGAUAUGUGGAGUCUGGGUUGCAUCCUUGGUGAACUGUACACAGGCUAUCCUCUCUUCCCAGGAGAGAGCGAAGUGGAGCAGAUAGCCUGCAUAAUGGAGGUUCUUGGGAUGCCUCCAAAUGAUUUUGUUCAGUCAGCAUCGAGGAGGAGGUUGUUCUUCGACUCCAAAGGAAACCCCAGGAACAUCACGAACAGCAAGGGGAAGAAGAGGAGGCCAAACUCCAAGGAGCUGUCCGCUGCGUUGAAAACGAACGAUGUUUUGUUCUUGGACUUCAUCAAACGCUGCCUCACUUGGGACCCAACCAAACGCAUGACUCCAGAUGAGGGGCUACAGCAUGAGUGGAUCCUGGAGGGAAAUUUCAACAGAGUCCGGCCAAGAACCAGGCCGACAGUGAAGAAGACCUCAGACAGUUCGACCAGCAAGCCUGCGGAGAAGUUCAGCUCAGACAGCAGCACUAUGGACAAGCUGAAGAGAGACGGUUCAGCAGCAAAGAUGGCCACCGCCGAGCGUCUGCGGCCCAUCGGAGCCUCAGCGGAGGAGGAGGUGUAUGAAAAUGGUGAUGGCAAUCGCUCCACAGAUACCAAGAGUGGAGAGAGGCCCGUUCACAUCGUCAUCCAGCCUCAAGAGGAAGCGGGCACGGAGAGAAAAGAUAGCCAGGAGUCGUCUCAGUGUUUGCCCCCCAUCAUGUAACAGGCAGAGGGAAUCGUGCUAAGGUCGUGACAAGAUGUUGUUUAGGCUCAUAGUGAUAGAUUUGGUGAAGUCAUAGUAAAUGGACAGCUGAGAGAAAGUUGCAUUUUGUUGUCCCUGCACACAAUUUAAUUUAUGAGAAUGUAUGUUCUCAUUUACUACGAACACUGCCAUGUUGCUUCAGUCUCUACGUGACGUCACAGAACAACAUGCAUGAGUCUGACUUUCACGUUUGAAAGAAGUGGAUGUUUUCUACGGACAGGUAGAACACAAUAUGUUUCCACAUAUUGAAACUAAAUAUUGAUGUAUACGGGACAAACUGAUCAUCAGCAAAGAUGGACAUCUUCUAUUUAUGGUUUUAAGUCUACAGCUACAGUGAAUUAUUUUAUUCUGUGGAAGUCAACCAGUUGUACUUUUUUUAUGAAAUACUUAAAGGUGGGGUAGGUAAGUUUGAGAAACCGGCUUGAGAUACACUUUUUGUUAUAUUCCAUGGAAUGCUCUUAACAUCCCGAUAGCAAUUAAUAUCUUAAGUGCUUUGACAAAAAAUCCAUUAAAAAAAUGUCAUCAGUGGAAGCCGUAUCACUGUAAAAAGCACGACCAAUCAUUUCAGCCGGCCCGGCUAAAAUAACUGGAUGGCCUACCUGCCUGUCAGCCUUCCAUCUGUGUACAAACUUAUCUCGUGCCCUCAUUGGUCAUGUGCGCGUUCGAGUGUGUUGGAGGAGGGGCUCUGUAAGGAAGUAGCCGAUUUCUUCCGGCUGUGCAUUUUCAAAUUCUAGCGCACUCGAGCUGGUUUCUCCAAAAUUAGUUGCAGGCUAUAUUUUUUAUUUUUUAAUGUGUCACAAUUGUUACUCCCCACACAAGUAUGCAUAUGUUGAAAUUAGAUCAAAUGGUUUAAAUUCAAAGUACAGCAUCAGCUGUUGGCUGUUUCUCUCUCAUGUAUUAGUUAUUGAACCCAAUCUUUGCUGUGCAUUGACAUCUUGGAUAAACAGGUUAGUCAAUAAACACUUUUAGUUUCCGUGAUAAAAAGUAGUAGACGUGCAUGGGUAUAAAAGCUACCAAAUCUCUGAUAUUCUUUUUAUUCUUUUAGACAUUUUAGCAUUACUUCAAUAAUGGUAAAAUAUUAAGAGAAGUGGGUGCAAUAAAGGCUGAGCCAAAAAAGUUUUUUUUUAAUCAUGUUGACAAAUACAAUUAUUGUCAUUAACUUUUUAAUUGUGGAAUGCAGUCGAUGACAAGUGAUUUCCGAUGAUUUAAUGUAUUUAUUUUGGAAUAUGUUUGAUUCUAUGUUUCAUAGUUGUUUAACAUCUGCAUUCAACAAUCAUACAAUAUGUAUUUGUAAUAGAAUCUAUAUAUAUAUAUAUAUAUAUAUAUUUGUUCUGUGAUUUACUAUGUUUGUGUACUAUAAAACAUAUUUUAAGAAAAUAUUUCAGAUAUUUGUUGAGGGUUUAGACAAGGUUUUACUUGUUGUGUUGUAACUGUAUGAACAUAUUUGUUGUAUGUCUGCGUUAUUCAUUUUUUAUAUUAGAAACAAAAAGACAAUCCUGAUCUUGAUAGUUUGUGCCUUGCAGUAUUAGGAAUCUUGCACUUUAAUGAUGUGUGUAUAUUCAGAUUAGAAACAAAUCAAACAGACAAGGGUUCAGACCCUGCCAGGAUCCCUUUUUCUAAAGUUACAAAACAAACAAUUAUGGUUAACAUUAUUAACCAGCUUUUUACAAUUGGUUUAGGUCUUUGGGCGCCAACAGAGAAAUAGUGAAUAUAGACCCUUGCCCCUCAUUAUCCAUUAGUAAGCCGCAAGAUAUCCCAGGAAGUUUGAUUGCAGAUUAAAUAGCAAAAGUGACGUUAUAGUUAUAUGAAUUAUCAUGUCUUUUUGUCUUUUAUGAUCAAAUAAAACGUUGUUUCAAAGAA